UUCUUAUUUUCCGCUGUUCUUGUUCUCCCCGAUUUGGAUUUCUCUCUCACUUACACACAUAUCAACUCGUAGACUUAUACUUUGCAUCAACAUGCUCACUGGAAGCAACUUCACUACUAGGAAACGAAUCCUUACCGCUUCCGCUGCUGCUGGCCUAUUCUGCACUAUCGCCUUCUACCUCGUCCCUGUACUUCCGCUCCAUCCCCACACAUCGUCGCACGAUACUGCCAUCGGAGGCCAUGAUGUAUCCCUUGCAGCCUCGGGUGAGCGUCUCUCGCCUCUAGCGCGUAGCAAUCUCUGCUCUGCACACGGUGUUGCCCCGUACCAUCCGCACAUCUCCCCUGUCAACAAUAAGCGGAAAGUCUACGACCUCUUCAUGCUUAACACCGAGCUCGAUUGGCUUGAGAUCCGACUUCACGAGCUCGCUUCACAGGUCGACUACUUCGUCGUUCUUGAGGCUCCGACCACCUUCACCGGUUUGCCCAAGAAGAUGUUCUAUGGGGACAACAAGAAGCACUUUCAACAAUUCGAAGCGAAGAUCAUACACCAUGUUCUCGAGCCACCGGAGAAAGAUGUUCUAGGUCAUGUCGAAAACAGCACUGUUGUUCCCGGCACAGCAGAAUACGAAUCACAUGCAUGGACUAUGGAGCGAUACCAGCGGAACGCAAUGUUUACGCAAGUCUUACCAUUUCUCACAGGUGAUGCCGCCCCCAAUCAGGACGAUGUCAUCAUAGUCUCAGACAUUGAUGAGAUUCCUCGACCGGCCACUGUACAGCUACUCCGCGAGUGUCAGUUCGGUCGAAUGACGACCCUGCGAAGCGUCUUCUAUUACUACAGCUUCCAAUGGCUGCACCGGGGCGAAGAGUGGCGCCACCCUCAAGCAACGACGUAUCACGGACCGAGCAGAACACUACUCCCAGCCAGCCUUCGCGAACUCGAUGGGUCCAGUUUAUCGAUUCCCAGCUCGGAACUACACACAAUUUGGAACAGUGGCUGGCAUUGCUCGUCCUGCUUCGCGACCAUAGCGGAGAUGUUGGUGAAAAUGCAGAGCUUCAGCCACACGAAUCUCAAUGCCGAGAGGUUCAGAAGCCGGGACAGAAUCGUGCAGCACAUCAGAGAAGGGAAAGACUUGUGGGACAGAUGGUUCCAGUGGUAUAAGCGGGUAGAUGGCAAUCAGGAUGUCCCUGAGUACCUGAAGAAAGAGGCCGAGAAGGGAAGAUUCGGGUACAUGAUAAAUCGGGAUGAUAAAGCAGCAGGAUUUACUGAUUUUUAGAAUGACAGUCACUAGCA